AGCGGAGACUUUGGUGCGUUUCUUGAGAAGACUUUCUCGAACCGUUGUUCCUACGGAGGCUGCAAUGGUCAUAAAUUAGUUGGAGGCGUUCGGAAUAGUUUGAAUGUAUUGGGAAACUCGACCACAAUGGCUAAUAUUAGGGACACCCGGCCACAACAAAAAAGGGGCAAAGUGUUUAGGAAGUGCUCCGAAUAUUAAAGAAAUGCAAGGUUUUGUGAAGAAAACCAUAAAGAAGUUAUUGAAAGAGGGAUACCAGAUUCUGUGCAAGAGAACUUGGCAGGCUCUCCCCAUGGCAGUCUUAUUCUUCCUCCUGUUCUUAUGUGGGCCUCUCCUGUCUACUGCAGAUAAUAUUCAGGCCAUCUACGUGGCCCUGGGGGAGGCAGUGGAGCUGCCGUGUCCCUCACCCUCUCUGCUACGUGGCGAUGAGCUCCUGUCCUGGUUCCGUAGCCCUGCAGCAAGCUCCUCCACUGUCCUGGUGACCCAAGUCCAAGUGACCAGGUCAGGCCCAGACCCUGGGAAGCUUGGCAAGGAAUCCAGGCUCAAACUUCUUGGAAACUACUCUCUGUGGCUGGAAGGAUCCAAGGAAGGAGAUGCUGGGAGAUACUGGUGUGUUGUAUUGGGUCAGUUCUACAAGUACCAGAACUGGAGAGUGUAUGAUGUUGCUGUGCUCAAAGGAUCCCAGUUAUCUGCAAGAACUGCAGACGGAUCCACUUGUUCUGUCCUCUUGUGCUCUGUGGUUCCGGCCAAGCCCCUGAACUCUGUGACCUGGUUGGAAGGGAAAGGACUUGUAAGAGGUCAUCCACAGUUCUUCUGGAACAAUGACGCUGCCCUGCUCUUGGCGUGUUCUGGUGAUGGACUUCCAGAGCCCAAAGGCCGCAAACCAAGAAUCAUCCGUUGUCUUGUGUCUGAGAACAAAGGGGUGAGCUUUAGCCUGGCAGCCUCCAUGGAUGCCUCCCCUGCCCUCUGUGCCCCAUCCAUGGGUUGGGAUGUAUCUUGGAUCCUGAUGCUGCUACUUAUAGCAGGCCAAGGGUUAAUCAUCCUGACUCUAGGCAUCAUACUCUGGAGACAGAGGACCCAGACGGCUCAGUGCCAAGAUCUUUCCAUUCCCCAGUUUAAACCUGAAAUCCAGGUCUACGAGAACAUUCAUUUGGCCUGUCUCAGACCACCUGCCUUCAGAACCAGGUGAUCGCUGUGACAGCUCCUACUGAGAAGUGUGACCUGCCUGCUAUCUUCCUAACCAGCUGGCACAUGGCAGAGUCCCUGAAAACCUUGGCAAGGGGGAGGAACUGAGAGUGCUGCUUCAGAGUCCAGCUGGCUCCACCAGCCAAAGUGCGUGUGUGUGUGUGUAUGAGGGGAGGGGAGUGGGGGGAAUGAAGGGAAAGAGAAGCCUUAUUCCAUAAUGUAACCUAUAAAAAGGUGUGGGGCCAAGGCAGCGGGGGUGGCAGGGUGGCGGGGUUAGAUAGCGUAAUGGUUAUGCAAAGAAACUCAUGCCUGAGGCUCCAAGUACCCAGAUUCAAUCUCCCGUACCACUCUAAACUAGAGCUGAGCAGUGCUCUGGUUAAACCCCAUUGUUAGGAUUUGCUACAACAAAUUUUCAAAAUUAACCCAGUUGCCAAAUAAUUUGGUUAUAGCUAUAAUUAUCUAUUGCCUUCUUAAACACUUAGACCUUCCCCAUUCUCUACAAAACCCAUAUUACUGCCAGUCCUGAAAUGUCUACGGUGGGGUUCACUUUCCUGCAUGCUUCUCCCAGUUCAUAUCAACUGAUACUGCAUUUGCUGAUCCCAACCCAGUCAAUGCAACCAGUACCACCUUGGCAUGUUUCACUUUGGACUGCAUCCAGAGACCUCAGGCGUGGAAUAUUAACUCUUCAGCUUCAUUACUCUGGUGAGGCCUUUCCUAGCCCAUAGGACUCCUUAAUUCCAUUAAGUAACUACAAACCUCAAAACAAACCUCAAAACCUAGAUAUAGAUCAGGGCAUGAGAUAGGGCAUAUGUACAUGUAUCCAUAAGUUAGGAGAAAACGUAUACCUUAAAGCAAAAGUGCACAAUAGUUUGCAGUGAGUCAAGCAAGCAGAAAGGCUUAAAAAAGACAUCAUAACUUAAAAAAUUCAUGUUAAGUGAAAUAAGUCAAAAACAGAAGGAUGACUAUGGGAUGAUCUCACUCUCAGGUAGAAGUUGAAAAACAAGAGGGUCUGGUGGUAGCGCAGUGGGUUAAGUGCGCGUGGCACAAAGCGCAAGGACCGGCAUAAGGAUACCGGUUCAGCCCUGGCUCCCCAACUGCAGGGGAGUUGCUUCACAGGCAGUGAAGCAGGUCUGCAGGUGUCUAUCUUUCUCUCCCCCUCUAUGUCUUCCCCUCCUCUCUCGAUUUCUCUCUGUCCUAUCCAACAACGAAUGACAUCAACAACAACAACAAUAAUAACCACAACAAGGCUACAACAACAAGGGCAACAAAAGGGGGAAAAAGGUGGCCUCCAGGAGCAGUGGAUUCGUGGUGUAGGCACUGAGCCCCAGCAAUAAGCCUGAAGGCAAAAAAAAAAAAAAAAAGAAGUUGAAAAGCAAGAUCAGAAGAGAAAACAAGUAGAACCUGAACUGUUUGCAUAUUGCACUAAAGUAAAAGACUCUGGGGUGGGUGGGUGAGGAGAAUACAGGUCUAAGAAGGAUAACAGAGGACCUAGUGGGGGUUGUAUUGUUAUAUGGAAAACUGAGAAAUGUUAUGCAUGUACAAACUAUUGUAUUUACUGUUGAAUGUAAAACAUUAAU